CAAACGAUGAUGGCGCCCUCAGUUGGUUGGACAGAGACUAGACAUCGAUGCUGAAAACGAAGAUGGCUGAGCAAGAAGAACUAGAAACGGGAAAAAUUUCUUUUGGCUUUACAAAGAAAAAAAAGUCCAAUCUGUUGGAAACAAAUGUACGUGAGCAGAGUACACUCGGUGGAAAAGGGGCAGAAACUGAUUUCGUUCACGCCUUGGAGGGAAAAGAAGUGAAAAGUAUCAAGCCAAAAGAGAAGGAGAAGCCCCUCGUGAUUCCAUUGAUAAAACAUAACGUAUAUGGCAGUCAUGGAAACAGACAACCGAAUAAAGAAAAGGUCAAAGGGCCCGCUGAUGUCUUGAAGACUUCCACAAACAGUCUUGAAGAUGAUGCAGUCAAAGAAAUCAUCAAAGACGCAGCUCAGUAUAACGAGGAGUGGGAGGGGCGGGGCAAUGAGGAUCUCAACUUGACCAUUCCUAUUCUGAUGCAGAACAGAGUCCCUGAGGGCACAGAGACAGAUGAUAAGCUGGAUGUCUCAAUCAGACCUGAUGCGGCAUCUUCUGCUGACUACAAUCAGGUCCCUAUUGAACAGUUUGGCAUGGCGAUGCUCAGGGGAAUGGGAUGGAAUGAGCAAGAAGGAAUUGGUGCUAAGAUGAAAAAGGUUGUGAAACCCAUCGAGGCAGUUUUGCGUCCCAAAGGUCAGGGGCUUGGAGCUGACAGAAGACCAGGAGAUAUGCUUGAUAAAAAGAGGCUGCGCAAACUGAAACCAGGAGAUAAGAAAAUAGAAGAGGAAGUACAGGGGUUUGCUAAGGGUGUUGGAGUACUAGUCAGAAGUGGAGCUCACAAAAACCUGUAUGGAAAGAUCGAAGGAGUAGAUGAAGACAAUGCUCGUUUGGUCAUCAAGCUUGCACUCAGUGGUCAAGCAGUCACACUCGGCCAGUAUAAUGUCAAGAUUGUUGACAAAGAAGAAUACAAGCGAUUUUCAAAAGAUUUGAGCCGUUUCAGCAAAGGGCAAGAGGAACAAAGUGAAGAGGCUAAAUGUAUAUCCCAUACAGAUUAUGGAAACAGUGAUCAAUUAAACAGUGAAGAAAAGGAGGACCCCAUUAAACACAGAACUAGUAAUGGUGAUUCAAAUAGCGAACAUCACAGAGAGAGCAGGAGAAAUGAGAAAGACAGGGAAAGAAGAAAACAUGGUCAUCAAAGACAAGAUGAGAGGAGUAGUAAGAAUCAUCAAGAGAAAUACCGUGACAGACAGCAGUGCAGUGACAGGGAGGAGAGGCAGAUGGACAGUGAUAAAAAAAGGAGGAAAAUACAAGAUAAGUAUGACAGCGACAGUGGCAGUUAUAAUACGCCUAGUGCCAAUGCACAGUCCAGGGAGCAAUCCUAUUGGCUGAGACCUGAUCUGAGGGUACGUUUCAUUGACAGACAGUAUAAGAAGGGCAGGUACUACAAUAGCAAAGUCUGUAUUGUGGAUGUUAUAGCACAGGGGAUCUGUACUUGCCGGACUGAAGAUGGCAGAAUUUUGGAAGAUAUUGACCAAAGCAUGCUAGAGACAUUAAUCCCAAGAGGAGAUAUGGCGUGUGUCAUGAUCGUUGCUGGGGAACUAUGUGGACAGUUGGGGUCUGUGGUGAUGCGAGACAAAUCCAAGGCCAACGCUGAUGUCCAACUUCUUAGAGACCGCGACCAGAUUAAAAGACUGGACUAUGAUGAUAUAUGUGAAUAUGCUGGCAAUAUACAUGAUGAGGAAGAUUACUAGGUUGUAUUUUAAACAGAAAUCAGAUUGUGAAAAAAGAGGAUGUGUAAAAAAAAUGGACAGACAGAUCUUGUAAUUAGUCACCCUACAGCUAUUUUUGAACAACACGUUUUUAGUGUGGUCACAUUAGUACACUGUGGGGCUACCAUACUAAAGUAUCAUUUCUUUCAAGUGGUACAUAAUUGCAUAAGGAAUGAAUUGCUGGCCAGCAAUUGUGUCUCAUGAUAAAAUACAGAAGAAUCUCAUUCUCCUUCACCAGAACAAAAACUUGCAGCUCAUUAGCAGUUGGAUUCUCCAAUACAAUUAGCGGUGCAUUGAUAAACACAAGUGGUUCGGCUUUCGUUCAGUUUAAGUACAGUUAUCAUUCAAGUACAAUUAAGUCAAGUACAAUUACAGUCGAGUCUCGUUAAUACAAACUCGUUUGGACCUAGCCAAAUUGUUUGUUAUAUCAGAAUUUUGUAUUAAGAGGAACAUCAGUCCCAUUCAUUGUGCACAUAAACGCACAUUCGGGACUAAGGCUUUAUGUUUGUUAUAACCAGAAUAUUUUUGAAAUUUUGUUAGUGUUUUUGCUGUAAGAGAUGUGAAAACCUCAAGAAUCAUCAGUCGUAUCCAUGGGUAAAUAGAGAGGCAUGUAAUGAAGAGUAAA